AUGGCAUAUGUAGUGAACUCUAGUGAACCAUGUAUUCUACCUGUUCCCCCUAUAGUUAAUAUGGAACCUCCUGAUUUGUUUCUAUUUAUUGAUUCUGCAGAUGUUAAACUAACACAGCAUGCAGAAGAUAGGGGCAAUCCAUUUAAAAGACAGUCUAUGCUGAGAGUGUCUCUUUCUGAAAAGGCAACGUACGUGAACCAGGAAGGACAACCUGUUCGUAAGAGGACAAUUGUCGGAUCAACGUUUCAGUUGCCAAAGAAAGGUCCUUCUGUUCCUUUUCUAGGAAGAUUAAAAAUGGCCGUGUUUAAAAAGUCAAAAGUACCCACUGCAGUUGAAGAAGAUUAUGACGAAGAUGGUCUUUCGCCACUCACAGAUAAACGAAGAACGCUAUCAGAUCCAAACCUCUUGCAGAUUUCCAAUUCAACGGGUCUAUUUGAAAAAGCUCUGAAUCAAGAUGACAAAAGCAAAGCAGAUGAUGCCAAAAAAAAUGGAAAAGGUAAAAAGAAAAAGAAAUUGAAAAAAGGCUGGAAACAAACAAACUGGCGCUCAAGAUCAAGUGAUGACUCCACAGCCAGCGAUGGAGAAAGUAGUGAAGAAACGAAAAAGACUGUUGACAAGGUACCGUCCUCACCAGAAGAUGAAUCUAAGAAUUUGGAGAUUGCUCAUCUGUAUGCUGUAGUUAAUAAACCAAAGGGCAAUAAACCAAAAGCAGUGCCUCCUCCGAGGCCCCCUAACCCGCCUCCCAUCAAGCCUAAAAAUAUCCCUCCGUCGGUACCUGCACCACCAACGAAGGAGCCAGAUGUAGACCCAAUUACUGUUCCGGAAACAGAAGAAAUUAACUAUUAUGAAAAUAUUGUGGCAGAAGCCAAUGAUGAGAAUGAUUCGGAGGAUGAUAUCCCGUUAGGAGACCCAGACGAUUUUGAUGAUGAUUUUAGUGAAGAGUCUUGCACAUAUGAUGAAAUAGAGGGUGUGAAAAAGUCAGAAGCAGAAGUUGAACCCGUCAAAUUCAAGCUAGCACCAAUCAAUUUACCAAUCAUAGUUGAUGAAGAGGAAAAAGAGUUUGACAAUGAGGCUCACAAGGUAGCACAUGAGUUGAUGGUAACUGAACAGAAGUAUGUGAACAGGCUUUACCUUUUGGAUCAGGUAUUUUUCUUCAAAAUUGACAUCGAGAACCGGGCUCACAACUGGUUUCCACCUGAUAAUGUCAAAGACAUGUUUUCAAAUGUAAAGUCUAUUUUCAAGUUACACAAGGAUUCCCUUUUACCAAAGUUAGAGGAGAGAUUGAAAGAAUGGUCAUCUAAUCCGAGGCUUGGUGAUUUGAUGACCACAUUUGCUCCAUAUUUUCAAAUGUAUACGUCGUAUGUGAAGGAAUUUGAACGCGCCAUGGAACUUUUAAAUUCUUUGAUGGUGAAAGUGCCCGACUUUGCUGAACUUGUUCGGACAAUUCAGAAAGACAAAACCUGUGGUAACUUAUCCUUGCCUCAUCAUAUGUUAGAACCUGUACAGCGGGUACCUAGAUACCAACUGCUGCUUGGAGAAUAUCUGAAAAGUCUUCCUGAGGACUCUGAUGACAUCAAAGCCACUGAGGAUGCGCUCGAAAAGAUAUCUAAGGCUACAAUGAAAUCUAACAAUGAAAUGAAGAAGCUGGAAAAGUUUAACAGGUUAAUGGUAAUACAGUCGGCAAUUAUUGGUGCUAAGAACUUGAUUGAAGCAAAUAGAGAACUCUUGAAAGACGGCAAGAUAAUAAAACUAUCAGCCAGAAGAGGAGAGUCUCAAGAAAGAUAUCUUUAUCUGUUCAAUGAUAUCCUACUAUGUUGUAGCAUCCAUAAUAAACUGAUGACUACCGCCAAACACAAAGUGAGGGCCAGACUGGAUCUAAGUGGUAUGGUUGUUAAAGACAUCGCUGAUGCCGAGAGAACGUUCUGCAUCAGCGCCAGACAAAAGGUGGUUGAAUUUCAAGAUGCUUGUGAUAUAGGCAAGAGGGCGCCCUCGUGGGUGCGAGAUGAUGAAACAACACAGUGUAUGCGAUGUGCUGCUGAAUUCCAUCCUAUAAAAAAGAGAAGGCAUCAUUGUAGAGCAUGUGGACUGGUUGUGUGCAACAAAUGCUCUACAUAUCGAGUUAAACUCAAGUAUGAUGGAAAUCGUUUGAAUAGAGUUUGUAAACACUGCUAUGAUAUUUUACAAAGCAUUCAGAUGAUGGCUGAGAAAGACGAAACUGAUGUUGACACACUACAAAGGUAUCAGUCACAGGAUAUACAGAGUGAUGAUGGACUUGAUGAUGUUGAUUUCAAAGGACGUUUGUUUCACUGUUCAACCAAUGUGUUAGGUAAGAAGUAUUGGUAUAAAAAGUGGUUUGUAAUUGAAGACAUGGCAUUGCAUUUCUAUAAAGCACCCCAGGUAAAUACAAGUUCAGGUAAAUCGCCUUCAGAUAUUACGUCAUCAUAUCCCAGGAGUAAUCGUCAAAAUGUCAACAUCACAAACGUCUACAUAAAUUUAAGUAGUUGA